CUCGACUACUGGUGGUCGACACGCGGCAUGGACGACACGUGCGAGGAGUACGAGAAAGCCAUGUCGGGCUGCCACCAGCUGUCGGCCCAGCGCAUUCUCGUCGGCUGCCUCAAGAACGGCGGCCUCUACGUCAAGCUUGGCCAAGGUCUGGUGUCCAUGAACCACAUCCUGCCCAAGGAGUACCUCAACACGCUUAAGGUGCUGCAGGACAAGUGCCUGAACCGACGGGCCGAUGAGGUGGGCCAGCUGUUCAUGGAGGACUUCGGCCGCUCGCACCUGGACCUGUUCGCUGAGUUCGACCCGGAGCCCGUGGCGGCCGCCAGCCUGGCGCAGGUGUUCAAGGCCAAGACUCACAGUGGCGAGCAGGUGGCGGUGAAGGUGCAGUACAUCGACCUGCAGGACCGCUUUCACGGCGACAUCAGCACCAUCGAGCUGUUGCUGGAGCUCAUCUCCUGGAUGCACCCCAAGUUCACGCUCAAAUGGGUGAUGAAGGACCUGAAGAAGACGCUCGCCGAAGAGCUGGAUUUCGUGAACGAAGCAAGGAACGCUGAGCGCUGCGCCAAGGACCUGGCCCACUUCAGCUUCGUGCACGUGCCCACAGUCCACUGGGAGAAGACGUCGCUGAGGGUGCUGACGGCCGAGUACAUCGACGGCGUCAAAAUCAGUGACCGCGAGGGCAUCGAGGCGCUGGGCCUGGACAUCGCCGACGUCGACACGAAGCUGAUUCGCUCGUUCGCCGAGCAGAUCUUCCACUCGGGCUUCGUGCACGCCGACCCCCACCCGGGCAACAUUCUGGUGCGGCGCGACCGGGACGGCCGGGCGGAACUGGUGCUGCUGGACCACGGGCUCUACCAGCGGCUCUCCGACAACGUACGCACAUCGCUCGCCAACCUGUGGAAGGCCAUCGUGCUCAACGACCACCCGAACAUGGCGCGCUUCGCUAAACAGCUGGGCGUGUCAGACGAGUACCGCUUCUUCUGCAUGUUCGUGGCGCAGAAGUACGUCGCGCCGCCGGCCGGCUCCAAACAGGAGAAUGAGUUCCUCGGCAAGCGCGGCCCGAAGGCUUUUGACCGCAACGCCUGGAAGACCAUGUCCAAAGAAGACCGGGCCGCCAUGCAGAAGCGCUGGGAGAACGCCCGCGAACGCAUGCGCGAAGCCUUCAACAACAUCCCCAAUGAGAUAUUUUUGGUGUUGAGGAACAUGAACCUGAUCCGCGCCAUCACGGCCGAGCAUGGCAGCCAGGUGGACCGGUACCGGCUGAUGGCUCGCAGCGCCACGCAGGGCGCCUUCCGCGUGGAGGGCGGUGGCCUGCGCUCCCAGCUGGCCGGCUACUGGCAGCGACUCGUCUUCGACUGGCGACUGUUCGUGGACUCAGUGAAGCUAUGGGCCGUCCGUCACACCUUCCGCCUGCUGGCGCUGCUGGGCAAGGCCCCGCCGGAGAUGAGUCGCAUGGUGGACCAGCUGUAGUCGUCGGCCAUCCGCGUCCCCGUCCCCGUCCACGGCGGCAGCGCGCCGCCGCCGCCCCUCCCUGCGUCACGUAACGGCUGCUCGGCGAGACGGACAGAACCACGUGAAGCUCCGGUGGAUGUUCGCCACUCACGCCCUGCGACACCGGUCGCCUGUCUCGUCUGGAGAGGGCAACAGAUGGCGGAUGGCCGACGCCGGCUUCGGUGCGCAGUCGUCAGCCGGCCGCCGCUCAUGCCGCGUGUAGAAGGCAAUAGGAUGCGUUGUACCUGUACUUGGGGAUAGAUGACCAUUAGCGUCCGAGGUGCUCCUGGCCUUCGUGGGGACGACUGACGC